AUGAAUACCUCUUUAGACCGGUACUCAAUGAUGAUUGUUUCAAAAUAUUUUGAUUGUUUAUACCAAUUCGAAAAAUUGGUUUUAGUCUGCAAAAAGUUUAAAGAGAUCCCACUAAUGUUUCAUUUUAAUCCAAUUCAAUGGAAUCCAAAAAUGGUUAAUUAUUUCGAAAAUGUUGAAACUCUUCACCUUUAUGACAAACAAGACAAAUUUGUCCCCGGAUUUUUUCAAUAUUAUGUGCAUUACCCAAUUGAACUUUCCAGAUACAAAAAGUUGAAUAAGAAAAUAAAAGUGAUAUGCCCACAUAUCACUUUUUCUUCUGGUGAUUUACAAAACAACUAUUCAUAUAAAGAAGCAUCUAUAUUAUCACCAAAUGCGUUUAAAUCAAAAUUCAAAAUAUUUACUGAUUUAGAUGUAUUUUCUAAUAUCAGGAAAACAUUAUUUAUCACACAAAGUGAUGUUAGAAGAGGGUUUUCGAUUGACUGUGAAGUUAAUGAAAUCUGUGAAUCCGCUUUUUCUGGAAAUAAAAAUUUGAGUGAUAAAUACAUUGCGCCGACAAUCAAAGUAAUUCGCAAAAAUGCGUUAUCUGAUUGUGAUUUAAAGCAACUUGAUUUGUCGCACAUUGAGGUUUUUGAAAAACAAGAGAACCUAAAAAUGAUCACUGCACUCACUUUGAAUUCGAAGAGCUAUUUUAACAAUUUGUAUCAAUGCAAUUCGUUACAAUCAAUCAAAAUUGUUGGUACUCAAUCUGUAAAUUGCAAAGCCGCGUGUUGGAUGAAGACUCUAGAUGACAUAAAGAAACUAAUAGUUGAUGAGUAUGUGUAUUCCUGUAAGGAUUGUGAAUUAUUUAAUGGGUUGUUACCAUUUAAUAUCACAAAUUUAAAAACAAUAGAAAAGGAUGUAAGAUUAAAAGAUUUGGAAAUUGACACUUAUCAAGUCCCAGACAAUAUAUCUUUAUUAUAUGCAGAAAAUUUUCUUGAGUGUAAAAACAUCAAAAAAUUACUUUUACCAAAAUGUCUUAAUACUCGUUUUGACUUUUCAAUAUUAGAAACAAUCAAAGAAGCAGCUCUACCUUAUAAAACAAAUAAGAACAUAUAUUCAAGUGGGCAAUUGACAUCAAUCACAUUCCUUGACGACGAUUUUUUAAAAAACCAAACCAUGGACAACAUUAAUUUUCAAAACCUUAAAAACAUCGAAUUUGCACAUCCACCAACAGACGGAAUUUAUCGUACAAAUCUCGAUUACAGAAUUUUUAAGUUUUUAAUUAAAAAUUACAAAAUUGAAGGAGAAGUUGUAUUGUAUAAUGUUUUUGAAUCGGAUGUUAAAAAUGGAAUUUUUAAAAUUCCAGACGAAGUGACUGUUAUAGAGUGCUAUUUAUUGAAUCGGUGUUACCAUUUGAAAGAGAUAUGGGUUAAUAAAAACACAUGGUUGAUUAAAAGCAAUUCAUUUCAUGACUGCAAAAAUCUCGUGUUAGUCAAAAACUUAUUAAUAUCAGUGAUUGUUGAAAAGUUUGCGUUCAAAAAUGCAAAUCCAAAUUUGUAUUUCGAUAUUAUUACCGUAUAUCCUUAA